GCCGCCGCCGCCGCCGCGCGCGCGGGCCGUUGGCGAUGCGGCUGCAGUGCGAGGUGGAGGUGGUGAGCCGGCUGCUGCCCAGCUGCGGGCUGCGGGGCCGCGGCCGCGGCACUCGGGCGCUCCUCUCGCUGGGCCGCCAGCCCGGCCGGGCGCGGGGCGGCGGCGGCGGCAGCGUUUACCUCAUGGUGUGCACGGCGCGGGACCGGGCCGGCGCGCGAUACAAGGUGCAGGAGAACAUCGAGCGGUUCUUCACGCGGUUCGUGGAGGAGGGCAAGGCCACCGUGCGCCUGCGGGAGCCCGCCGUGGACGUCUGUCUGAGCAAGGCAAAUGCCAGCAAUUUAAAGAAUUUCCUUUCAGCUGUGAGACUGGCUCACCAAGGUACUGACAUUGGAGCGCUCCCCCUGUCAGCUCUGGUACCAGCGAAGACCUCAGAAGUUGAAAAACCUAAAACAAAGAUGAUCAUAACAUCGAGAAGGGACUAUCCUCUCACCAAAAACUUUCCUUAUUCCCUAGAACAUCUCCAAGCCUCAUACUGCAAGCUUGCUCGAAUUGACACACGUGUACUUUGUUUAAAGAAACUCAGAAAACUAGACUUGAGUCAUAAUCAUAUUAAGCAAUUGCCAGCUACUAUUGGUGACCUGAUCUGUCUUCAGGAGCUUAAUUUACACAACAAUCACCUGGAGUCAUUCAGUGUUGCUCUGUGCAACUCCACCCUUCAGAAAUCUCUUCAGUUCUUGGACCUCAGCCAAAACAAAAUUAAAGCACUUCCAAUUCAGUUUUGCCAGCUGCAAGAACUUGUUAAUUUAAAGCUUGAUGACAAUGAGUUGAUUAGGUUGCCAUUCAAGAUGGGCCAGUUACGUCACCUACGCUUCCUUUCAGCUGCUCGAAACAAACUUCCUUUUUUGCCCAGUGACUUUAGGAAACUCUCUCUUGAGAACCUGGAUCUCUUUGGAAAUCCUUUUGAACAGUCUAAUCCACUUGUUCCCAGCAUACAACUGAAAAUACCAUUGACUUUAUUAGAAUGUGCUGCAAGGGCAACUGUAAAUUACAGAAUCCCUUAUGGUUGUCAUCUCCUUCCUUCUCACCUUUGUGAAGAUCUGCAAGUGGCUAAAACAUGCCAGUGUGGAAGUGCCUGUCUAAGCAGCUUCAUUCAAAUCACAAUGACCAUGAAUCUGCAUCACGUAGCUCACACUGUGGUCCUUGUGGAUAACAUGGGAGGUACAGAAGCACCCAUAAUCUGCUACUUCUGUUCUCUAGACUGCUAUUCCCAGUUCUUAGACAGGUACCUGCAAGGUAAUGGGUGACCACUAACAAGUGCAAAAGCUCUACUGGAAGUUCUGUCCAGUGAUGGAGUCUGAAAUCAUUUUGUGUUUUGUUACCUACCUGUGCUAUUGUGAAACAGAGAGCUGUCAUAGAGCAUUUGCUACCGAUAGCAAAUGUCAGUCUUAACAGUGGGGAGGUAUUGUGAGCCUGAUGUGAUGGUCUGACUGUUUCUCUAUAACUAGUAUCUUGUUGGAAUAAAAAAUGGUUCUUAGCUAGAAUGAAUCUUCCUUAGAAUUUAUUUUGCUUUCUUUUUCCUAUAACUAUGACUUUGUUCAAAGGAUCAUGACAGUUUUCUUUGUUUUAUGGAGCAAGUGGUUUCUCCUUCCCAAAAGGAAGGUGGGUGAAUUUUUAUUUCCUAGCAUAGAUCAUACUUCCUUGCUUACUAUUCACUUGAAGCUAUGAACUCUGCCUACAGAAGAGGAUUACAUUGACUUUAUCACUGGACUGGAAUCUUCCCAGGUUGUUCUACUCUACAGCAACUUGGUAGGCUGCUCUGAGAAGAAAUUACGGUGUCAGUAGUUCAAAACUGGCCAUGCUAUUCAGGUGCUCUUUUUUUAAGUUGUGUAUAACAUUUCCCUUCAAGCAGGGCCAGCAUUGUUUUUGUUUUGUAUCUCUCUGUUAUAUGAGAAUUAUCUUUUCUAAAUAUGUGGUCUGAACUUUGUUUCUGAACUCACAUUUUAAAGAUUCUUGAAUUAUUCACUGCGUCAGUUUAUUAAAUUUUGAAACCCUUAAA